UGCAGCUCCAGUAUGGCAGGAGAAGAUGGAAGGAGAUCACGUCAAACUGUAGCAGUCAUAUUGGUGCUGUGCUCUUUGGCCUCGAGUUUAACUUGCUUUAUCUUGCGGGGGCCGAGAAAUAAAGUUCAGCAGGACAAGGUAGUUAGUGAGGCUGCAGUGAUGGAAGAAAAGACAGGAAGCAUAAUCUUUGAUGAGAAAGUGCUUAACUCUGAGUCAGGAUCUGCCUCUGCUGCAGGUAACGAUGGAUUCCCACAUGUUGAUUUGGAUCAAUCAGGAGACACAGAGAUGUUUGAGCAGGCAUUACAGCUGAAAGAUGUCAUGGCCAAAGAAGCAGCAUGGAGGCGCUUGAACCCUACUCUGCACUGUGGUCAAACUAAGAUGAAGUUGAAAGUCAUGGGACCCGAGGCUGCUGCUUUACAGUUAGACAUGGGCAACACACAUCCCCUUCCUCUGAGCCAGGUGCCUGAAACCUGUGGAUACUCAGUGCAGCAGAAUGCACUGGGACUUGUUUUGGUUGUUCCCUAUGAUGGCUGCAAUGUGAUGCAAGAGAAUGGAAACUAUGUGGUGCCAAUGAGUUGGCUGGAGACUCCAAUUAAAGUCACCUGCCCCAUGUUGCCAGGUCCUAAUGCAACAGCUGCUUCAACUGCCCCCAAGCCUGCUCCUCAUCCCUGGAAACGGCCUUUCCCUCACAGGCCCUGGAGCCUGUAUCGUCACAAACGUCAGGCGCCUCAGCCCCCAUUCAUCUACCAUCCUAGCAGUCUAUAUUAUCCCUAUUUGUACCAGUACUAUUACAUGUAUAUGAGACCAGCCCCAACCACUGCUCCUCCUACAACUACUGUGAAGCCUGACACCACCACAACUACCAAGCCAACAACAGAGAAACCACCUCAAAUGAAGCCUCCUGCAUAUCCUUAUCUGUACUACCCAUUUUACCCUUAUUAUCCUUACUACUACCCUUUCCCAAAUUUCCCAGUGAGGACCACUGUGCCACCAGCUACUACCACUGGACCUAGCACUACUUUGACUACUACAGCCAAGACAACUACUCCUGCCUCAACUACCCCUCCCGCAACUACCAAGACUCCUCAAAAGCCGUCAUACCCCUACUUUCCAUAUUUUCCUUACUAUCCCUACUACCCACCACCAGGACAACAGUUGCCAGAAAACCCUGAUAACUCAGAUAUUUAUUACUACCCAAUCAUCCAGCAUUUCUAUGGAAAACCUCCAUACCAAGUGACUCCAAGUCAACCAACGCAAACAACUACUCAGCCUCCUAUUACCACAGCUAAGCCAGGAGACACAGCUAAACCGACUGACUCGAGCCCUACGACGAAGCCAACAACUGCCUCUGCUCCCACAACAACUUCUGCUCCCACUGCACAAACAACGCCCAGCAGUAGCAACUAUCCAGGCCCAAUGAGUCCAUAUGUUUCUUACUACAAUCUCCCCUUCACUCCGUACGUUUCAUACAAAUACAGUAAGGAUGGCAAACUCCCAGAUUACCAGAAACACAUGCCUCAAGCUGGUUACAAAUCUGGACUCCAGGCUCGAGCAUACCCACAUCCAGGCUUCCACUACUGGCAACCUGUGCCAUGGUUUUCCAACUCAGCAGAGGAGGGCAUUCCUCAAUUUGACAGGAAAAAAUCCACAGCCUAAACACAUCUGAACUCCAAAUGGGGCUGGUGUCCUGCAACACUGAGCAUUCAAUAAACAUGUUUUACU